UUCCCGCCAUGUAAAGGAACCAGGAAGAAGUUGACAUAGGAACGAGUCGGCAUUGUUUUCUUUUACUGUGUAUGGUUUUCUUUUGUGUAAUGUAAAGCUAUUUUGUGAAAAGUCUUUACAGUCUUUUCAGUGACGUACAUAUCCAGCCAAUUUAUAAGGGUACUGGAGAAGGAGAGAAGACGUGAAGAGACACACACACACCCAGUCAAAGCAUGUCAGAGUCGAGGCGAAGGUCCAGUAAAGGAGGGCAGCAGCAGGAGUCCAGCUCCCAGACCAAUGGGCGCAGGUCAGAGCGAGGGAUGGAGGUGGACGAGGAAGAGGGUGGAGCAGGUCCGUCUGCGCUCCAGCAGCAGGAGGAGGACGACGACCCGGCCCGACGGAGAGAGCUCCGGAGCCGCUACCGAGACCUCAUCAACUCUGUUCAGCAGAACCGUGAGGAUAUGCUGAGCCCUGCCAACAAUAAGCUGACUGAUGUUCUGGAGGAAGCAAACAAACUCUUUGUCAAUGUUCGGCAGGCAAGAGAGGCAGCCCUGGAUGCCCAUCUGCUGGUGCUGGCCACUGACCUGGGCAAGGAGAAAGCCAGCCAGCUGCAUGCCGAUGGCUCUGCCUUUGACCUCGCCGCCUAUGCUGAACACUUGCUGUCCUUUAUGGGCAUAAACCGUCUUGAGGAUGAGGGUGAUGACGAGGAUGGCGGAGUUGGGGGCUAUUUACCUCCAGAUGCUUGGCACAGACUGAACAAGAAAGCCUCAACCUGCUUCAGAAUUGCCCCCUUAUUCCAUUUCAUGCUAGGCUCGUUUGAGGCAGAGCCUCCCCAGCCCCGGCAGCGUGUGGAGAGGCAGAGGAGGGUUCCCAGCAAGGAGGCCAAGAGAGUCAUGCCCACUCAGCUGAACAAGAUGGCUGAGUCGCACCAGGAGGCCACUGAGAAAGAGGUGGAGAGGAUUCUGGGAUGCCUGCAGAGCUAUUUUGCUGAUGACCCGGAAUCUCCCAUAUCCUACUAUGAGUUUGUGAUAGACCCAAAGUCAUUUGCACGGACAGUUGAGAACAUAUUCCACACCUCCUUUUUGGUCAGGGAUGGACUGGCUAAGCUUUACUUGGAUGAUGAUAAGCUUCCCUGUAUCGCCCCUGUCGAGGAUGGAGAAGUCGAACCAGGUGCAACCACUAACAGGCAGCAGUGCAUUGUCUCUAUCUGCCCAUCUGAGUGGAAGGAGAUUAUCAGAGUGUUUGAAAUAAAAGAGGCCUUAAUUCCAGCGUCUGCCCCCACCUCUCAGGAGGACUGAGGAUGGUCCUCUCACCUGAAGCUUGCCAUUUUUUGACCGUUUUUACUGUUGUUCUGCAUUCAAGUUCAUUUGCCUUAUCUCUUUUUUUCCAUGUUUGGAAUGAUUUUAGUGCUUUGUAUAUAAUUGUAAAUUUUUUCUAUUUUGGGAUGUGUUUCUGUGUGUCGAAGUUGAUGAAUGUUAACAUAAGUUAACUACUGAACUGAACAAGAAAGGGAUACUAUUGUAAUAUUGUAAAUGCCCUUCAAUAAAAUUAAUUAAAUCUA